UUCAGGGGCGCGGCAGGGAGCGAUCCCCGGGGGCGCACCUGGAGGCCCGGCCGGAGGUGGAGCGCGCGGCAUGGGCUGCGGACCUUCCCAGGCUGCUGAGGACCAGACACGCGUCCCCGCGCCCAAGAAGGGCUGGGAUGAGGGAUUUAAGGCUGAUGUCGGUGUGACUUAUUCCGUGGAGAACCUCGGGCCCCAGAUUGGAGCUGAAUUACCCAAGGACCCUUUGAGCAGCCCCGAGGGCCUGGAAAUACAGGCUCAGUUGGGAAGUUUGCCUGGAACCACAACAGAAAGUCCCCCAUUUCUUAGUGAAAGAAACAGAGGAAUAAAUUCAGACCUAGUGACCGGUGGAUUAAUCCAUAACCCCCAAGCCCCCAAGAUCCGAGAGCGACAAAAGUCAUCAGACAUCCUGGAGGAAUUAAUUGGUCAAGGAAUAAUACAAAGCCACAGCAAAGUACUUAGAAAUGGAGAAUCUUAUGAUGUCAUGGCAAACGGGACCGAGCGGCCUCUGAGAAAGCCUCCAGCCAGGCUGAAAAAACUUCAGCUCAAAAAGGAAGCAAAGGCUUUCACAACGAACGAUCUAGAAGAGAAGGUGCGAGCGGUGGAGAGGCACAAGAAGAGUAAAGAAGAAGAAAUAAGAAAAAGGCUAAGGAGUGACCGACUUUUGUCCCCAGCCAAUCAUUCAGAUGCAGCUGAGCCGGAAGGGGCUGAGGUUCUGUUUGCCAAAGGACCUCAGGCUGUGAGUUCUGCUGUGUUUGAGUCUGAGCCGUCUGACCCGCAGGGAGGAAAGCCUUUGAAAGGGAAGAAGAGUCAUACAGCAUCGAGUGAUAGAAACUUCAGUUAUGAAGGAUUUGGGUUGGUGGAGUCAGAUGUGUCUUACAACCAAGCAGAUGAUGUAUUUGAAUAAGCCAUCUUAUAUGGAUUUCAUGAAAAGACAUCCAUUCUCCCUGAUUGUGACAAUUUUAGUCUGUCUCAUGUUUUUCUGGAGGCCUGAUCUCACCCCACUGGGAUUUGCCAUGAGUUUAGGAACGAUUGUAUAAUGUGCAUGGGCUGAACUUGGCUGAGUCAAUUCAAUAUCUAUGCUAGCUAGCAAAAGGGGGGGGGGGGAAACCCCAGGAAGAUCUGACUGGCUUCCAUAUUAUAAAGUUGGCAUUCUCUUCCAGUGGGGCUUCAGACGCUAUGAAGACAUCUUUAUGAAUACUUUCCAGCUUACGUUAAUGUGUUUGUGCCAGAUGAAACCCUUCUUUUUUGCUCCUGCCCGUUGGCUAUGUUCACCCUCUGAGGGUCCCUUCAGACAAAUUGCACAGAUUUGUAUUACGUGUUUGAAUGAUCUGUAUGCUUAUCUGUAUGUUUCAUUGUUCUCAUUCUGUGUUGUGAAAGAUGGAAAGCAACAUCUUGAAGCUGUUUGAAUUACACUUUCAUCCAUACAGCUUAAGGAAGCAAUAUCCAAUUCAGAGAAUUAAGUAUGAAAAAAGACAAACUUCACUAGGGUCUAGGGGUGGGGGAUGUCCCGGAGGCGGUACACUGACAGGAG